CUCAACUAUAAAAAGAGCUUUGCUCCUGGAGGACGCAACAGAAGACUGUUUCAUCACAGAGAGAAAGCAGCAGAGGAGGAGGCGGAUCAUAAUUGAGCGUCUGCAGGGACUGCAGCCAUAAGGACGAGGGGAAAACAGGAAAAAAAAAUCUUUUUGAUCAGCUCUCCAAUAAGCCAACGAUGGUUUGCCGGUGUUGGCUGUGGGUGGUCGUGGUUGUGGCGUGUGGGUCUGUUCCGGGUUUGGGGUCCUCGUGUAGUGACAGCCCAGCCUGCAGUGACCUGAGCAGCAGACAGAGCAUUGAAGAAUGUGUCCGCUCCUGUACAUCUGGGAAUCCAACUGACAUCCCAGAAGUUAGCGAACCGCCCACGAAGACUGCUGACAACAGUGGUGAUGACGAUAACAGCAAUAAUGAAGAUGAACUCUUGCUCAGCAUCCUCAUGAACAUUCUGGCCUCGGAGGAGCAGAUGCCAGACUCUGACCUGAGAGCCCACAUCGACAGGCAGCGCUCAUUCACCACGGAGAAUUUCCGUUGGGGUAAACCCUCAGGGAGGAUGGGCUCUAAAGGUGACAGGAGACGCUCCUAUUCGAUGGAGCAUUUCCGUUGGGGCAAACCCCCAGGACGCAAGCGUAGGCCCGUGAAAAUAUCUGCCCCAAAUUUAGAUGGUGGCGAAUCUACAGAGGGCAGUUUCCUCUCACAGUUCCGCAGACACCUGAGCAGCAAAGAUGAAGGAUCCAAAGAAAUCAAGAAUCAAGCCUCGAACAGAGGCAAAUCACAGCGAAGAAAGGAUGGGACCUAUCGGAUGAAUCACUUCAGGUGGGGGAGCCCACACGUCUCUAAGCGGAAUCGCAACUUUAUGAGGGCGUGGGAGGAGAGACCUCGAGGACCGUUGACAAACCUCUUCAGGAACAUUUUAAUCAAGGAGGGGAUAAGGGAAUGAAUAGCUUUUGGAAGAAUGUGAGUCAAAUUGCAUGUUACAUACAUAAAGUGUGGUGUUCUCUGAAGCAUGAUGUUGAAUGUAUUUUCAAAGCCAAAGAAAUAUUAAUAAACACAACUGCAACUUAUAGCAAUCUACUUAUCAUGUGACCUAAAGGAAGCUGCUUUGUUGAAAAUAUAAAGUAUUCGUACAGUCAGUGUUCAAGUAAGAAAAUACUAUUCAAAAAAUGUAUGCACUAUAUUGUUCUUUUAUA